GAGCUCAAAACUCGUUCAGGAAGUAAGGCGAAUUGGCGAAAGAUUUUGGAAAGUGGAUGACAGUUUUGAACUCGCUCCUAGACAGUAAUCUUGCCUACACAAUCGAUCGUUACUUUAUUUGAGAAAUAAAAGUAGUCCAUCUGUCUCAGUCUCAUCUCUCCAACAGCAGAAGCUGCUGUCCACUCUGUAGGGACGGAGAGAUGGAGAACAACGCUGAUGCUGAAGCAGGAAGGACGAGUCAAGCUUUCUGCCACAUGGGGCAGCAGAGAGCAGCUACUCUGUCCUCCUCCAUCAAAGCCCAACAUGACAGCAAUGUCGCCGCCCCCAGUUUCAUCAACUCCCAGAUCCAGAAUGUCAACAUCAGUCUCUCCACUGCUGAGAGGAAAGACUCCAGAUGUCAGGCAGCACAGCACAGUGACACCCAGCCAGGGUAAAACCACCAUUAUAAUCUCACAACACAAACUGAUGACAAAUGAAUAAGAACACAGAAAACACAGAAAAGAGACUCUUUCUCUUUCUCUUCUUCUGCAGUAAGUCAAGGUCUCCAGUAGCAUCCACUACCUCCAGUCAUUAGACCAAAAACACUUCCCACUACGACCAUCUAACACCUUGGAUCACAAGGACUCCCUCUUGGUCUAAUGGUAGACUGUUUGGCUUAGCGACUUGAGGAUGUGUAUUAGAUUGUGGACGUAAUGUUUUUCCUCCUUGCAGUUAUUGACAUGCAGUCGUUCAAAGAGAAGAAUAAAGCCAGACUGAGGAAGGAGUUUGCUGAGACCUUGGAGGGAACUGAAGAUGAGAGAACUCUCCUCAACAACGUCUGUUGGACAACUGAAUACGAUGCAUCUCAACCAUGAGGACUGUGCAUCACUGGCCUCCUCCCUCCAGUCACCAGACUGUCCUCUGAGAGAGCUGCACCUGGAGGAUAUUGAUAUGUAUGGUUUUGAUGAUGAUGGUGAUGAUGGGGACCUGAGUGUUGUCUGUGCUGCCCUGAGGGAUCCACACUGUAAACUGGAGACACUGAGACUGAUUAACAUGGAUCUCAGCCCUGAGGACUGUGCAUCACUGGUCUCCUCCCACCAGUCACCAGACUGUCCUCUGAGAGAGCUGCACACGGCAGGGAUUGAGCUGUCUGGUUAUGAUGAAGAUGAACAUGGCGGUGGUGAUGGUGAUGAAGAUGGUGAUCUGAGUGUUGUCUAUGCUGCCCUGAGAGGUCCACACAGGACACUGCAGACACUGAGGUUGAACAGGUGUGACCUGACGGAGGACAGUUGUAGAGAGUUGUCUUCAGCUCUCAGCUCAAACUGUCACCUGAGAGAGUUGGACCUGAGUCACAACAACCUGCAGGAUUCAGGAGUGAAACUGCUCUCUGAUGGACUGAAGAGUCCACACUGUAGACUGGAGAUCCUGAGGCUGUCAUUCUAUGGAGUCACAGAGGAAGGCUGUGAUUCUCUGGCUUCAGCUCUCAGCUCAAACUGCCAUCUGAGAGAAUUGGACCUGAGUCACAACAACCUGCAGGAUUCAGGAGUGAAACUGCUCUCUGAUGGACUGAAGAGUCCACACUGUAGACUGGAGAUCCUGAGGCUGUCGUUCUGUGGAGUCACAGAGGAAGGCUGUGCUUCUCUGGCUACAGCUCUCAGCUCAAACUGCCAUCUGAGAGAGUUGGACCUGAGCUUCAAUCACCCAGGAGACACAGUUCUCUCUGGUCCACUCUGUAGACUGGAGAAACUCAAUGUGGACCAUAAUGAAGAGAUCUGGGUGAAACCACAGCUGCUUAAGAAGUAUGCCUGUGAUCUCACACUGGACCCAAACACAGCUCACAGAACCCUCUCUCUGUCUGAGGAAAACAGGAGGGUGGAGGUGGUGAAGGAGGACCAUCCGCAUCCUGAUCACCCAAAUAGGUUUGAUGAAGAGCAGCAGGUGCUGUGUAGAGAGGGUCUGACUGGACGCCAUUACUGGGAGGUGGAGGUGGAAAAAGGGGUUCUGGUAGGAGUGACGUAUGGAAGCAUCAGGAAGAGAGGCAGGAGUCCUGCUUGAACACUUGGAGACGACAGGUCUUGGUGUCUGCAUUGGUCUGAUUCUGUCCGGCACAAUCAUGAAAAUACCUUAAUACCUUUCAGUUUCCUUCCACCCAUCAGAGUAGGAGUUUACCUGGACUGGCCAGCUGGUGUUCUGUCCUUCUACAGCAUCUCCUCUGACACAAUAACCCGCCUAUAUACGUUCAUCACCACCUUCUCUGAGCCCCUCUACCCAGCGUUUAGGUUUUACCCCUCAUCCUCAGUGACCCUGUGCCAGGUAGAGUAGUUCCUCCUGGAGGAACACAACAUGGGUCUCCAUGGAAACAACCCCGCUUCUGAUCCAACACACCUGUGAUAUGAUGGGGUGCGGUCAAGGAUAACACACACACACACAUCAGAACAUCACACACACUCACACACACAUCAGAACAUCAUACACACACUCACAUAUGUUUACCCUUCUGUAAAGGGAUUGAAAAGACCUGGGGGGCAGAAUUGACUGUUUCUCCACUUCAAGCCUCGUUAUGGUUGUCAACAUUCUGCAGUGGUUUACACAACGUCAACUAAAUGGUUUAUUGCUUACACUAUGACAUAGUUUUAUACAGGUUUUCAUUCACUAUAUACAUGUUCUAUAUACACAGUGGUGCACACACUAUUAGAAUUUUAUAGUGAUAUAUUGAUACAUACAUCAUUCUGGGUUAUAUUCCAAGCAAGGACAGUUGCUUAUUUUAAUGCAUCAAUGUACAUUAUAUUGUGUGUUACCUAUGUUUUAAUUAUACAUUGUUAUGACUUAUUCUGUAACUGUACACUGAGUUAUGAUUACAUCUACAUCAACGUGUCUGAAAUUGUCUGACAUUUACUCCGUCGGAGUCAGAUGGCUGAGCGGUGAGGGAGUCGGGCUAGUAAUCAGAAGAUUGCCGGAUCGAUUCCCUGC